AUGAGCGAAUUAUUUUGUAACGAGUUUUUGGAUUAUUUUCCCACAUACACGGAACUUAAAGAUCUUCGUUCGACUUUUAUCACCAACUGCAUGUUUAACAAUUUCAUAACUCACACCUCCGUCAUGUUGAAUAUUGUGACAAUCUACGCUAUCCACAAAACUUCGGCAAUCGCAAAAACUUUGAAAACUAUACUGCUGAGUCUUGCCUGCUCGGAUGUUGCUGUUGGUUUGUUUAGCCAACCAAUAUACACUUUUUUUCUGGUCAAGUGGUUUCAACUGGAGAAUAUUAACUGUGAUAUUUACCAAGUGCUAAAUAUUUCAGCUCAUUUAUUCUCAAUUGCUUCGUUCCUUGGUGUUGUGGCUGUAGGUGUAGACAGGUUCUUAGCUGUUCAUCUUCAUCUCAGAUAUCAAGAGCUUGUGACUCACAGGCGUGUUGUUGUUGUGGUGAUCGACAAAUGGGUGUGCAGUGCAUUUGUCUCUUUGAUGAUAUUUUGGGGCUUACUUAGUACUCAGCAACUUAUUAAUUUAGUUGGCGCAGCUUUGGGUUUCAUUAUCGCACUCGUGGUGUACAUCAGGUUAUAUUUUACUGUCCGACGGCACAAAAAUCAGAUUCAAUGUAUGCAAAUACAAGAAGUAACCCAUUCUGAUGAAAUAAAGAACUUUAUUGCUCUCAUUAAAUCCACAGUUAGCAUAUUCUACGUAUAUCUCCUGUUGUUAAUUUGUUAUUUGCCUUUUUUCAUUUGCUCGGAUGUUAUGCGAAUGUAUGGCUCGAGUAUCGCUUUAAAACAAUUUUUUCUUUACUCAAUGACUCUCGUAUUUAUUAAUUCGUCUUUGAAUCCUGUCAUUUACUGCUGCAAGGUGAGACACGUUCGACACGCUAUCAUGAACAUACUUCGAAAGAUGUCUAGGAAGAGCAAUCGGCCAUUACGGAUAAACUACAAUCGAUCAUCGAGUGUCGUCCAUGUUGAUAACUGA